UGGCCUAUGUGAUUUCAUACCCAGGCCUAGUGAUUUUAUAGGUUCCUAUACGGUCCUCCGACGUUAUGGUAUAUAUCCCACAAUGCGUUUCGGCGUUCCCCCUGCCUUCAAUGUGCAAACAAACCAGCUAUGUAUAAGUGAAUGUCGGCGGUGGAUCUCUGCAGUGCAUUGGCAAAGCGUCAACGGCGCAGACGCGGAUAGCAACCGGGGCUGUAAAGCGAAGAACAUCCCAACCCGGACCGAGGAGUGUUAUUAUCAAACGUUAGGGAUAUCUGUUGUGAAUGGGGGUCGGUUAGAAGCGUGUGUACCGUAGGACAAGUCAACUAGUACCCUGCGAUAUGUUUUUUCUUAGAAAAAUGUACGUGUCUUUUAUUUUCCUCAAAUUAAAUGAAACCCAUCUUACAUCAAUGUAGCGCGCCGCGUUACAUUGCCGACUGGUUUGAGCUCUUUGAUCAGCGGCUAUUUUUUUAAUUUUUUACUUUGUAAUAGUUGUACUCCUUUACGGGAGUCAUUUUACUAAUUUUCGCUGGAUUGGUCAAAGGAAUCUUCAAAUUUGUCGGGGUUAGGAGGAGACUCGAGGGUUUUUUUCCAGCCGGGAGUGGGGAAUAAUAUGUCCAGACGGAAACAGACAAACCCCUUCAAAGUUAAUUGUAGGUAUCUCAGGGCUGUUCCACACCCCAGGACUGGCGGACUCUGAGCACACUUUGGAGAUGGACGUGCGGGACGACUUCGCCGAAGACAGCGAGUGCCACAGCAACAACUCCCAAGAAGGUGAGGAGCAAGACAGCGUGACAGAUGACAGUUACAGCGAUCUGGACAACCACGGCGAGGACUCGUCCUCCAACACCUCGGUGGACGACAGCAUGACCGGCCACAAGCACCGCCGCUCCUGUUCCCAGCAGGAGGGAGGGGUUAAGGAGGAGAGUAAGGAGGGAGACGACCUGGAAAGCAGUUAUGUGUGUCCUCUUUGCUCGCUGGAGUUCAGCCACUCCGAGCAUCUCAUUGCUCAUGUCUACCAGCAUACGACGGCAGUGGGUGGAAGCAAGAGCUACGUGUGCCCAGUGUGUGGGCGGGCGCUGAGCUCGCCAGGCUCCUUAGGUCGCCAUCUUCUCAUUCACUCCGAGGACCGGCUGUCCAACUGUGCCGUGUGUGGGUCCCGCUUCACAGACACCACCAAUUUCAACAGGGAGAAGCUGAAAGAUUUCUUUCACGCUAGCAGUAUGGACCUGACAAGCAGUGGCAGCGGCUGUCUGGACGGGAGCUUCUCCAUGGCCCCCCGGCCCAUCCCCUCUGGUGGCCCCACACCCCCGUCCGGCCCCUCGCUGCCCUCCCUCCCUGACAGUCUGCUGUCCUCCUCCACUCCCCCAUCCCUCCCCCCUCUACCAGACCCCCUCUGCCCCUCUGGCGGAGCCGGCCUGCCUCCCCUGCCAGACCUCCUGAGCCCCAUGCCCGUGUACCCGGCCGGCGUGCUGCUAGUGUGCAACAGCUGUGCGGCCUACCAGCAGCUGACCGAGGCCAAUUCCCCGGUCAUGCGCCGGUGGGCGUCCCGGCGUCGCAACGAGCCUCUGGCGUCCCGGAUGCAUCGGCUGGAGCGCGAGCGCACGGCCAAGAAGAGCAAGCGCGCCUGCGAGACGCCCGACGAGCGCGAGCUGCGCCGGCUUCGUGACCGUGAGGCCAAGCGUCUGCAGCGGCUGCAGGAGUCGGAGGAGCAGCGCUCCCGCCGGCUGCAGCGCGAUCGCGAGGCCAUGCGCAUGAAGCGCGCCAACGAGACGCCCGAUAAGCGGCAGGCGCGGCUGGUGCGCGAGCGCGAGGCCAAGCGGCUCAAGCGGCGACUGGAGAAGAUCGAGCCGGCGCUGCGUAUGCAGAUCGAGCAUGACCCCGCCGCCAUGGCCGCCCUCACGGCCGACAUGAGCCUCUUUCAGUUCCCCUUUCCACUGCAGGGAGGCGGCGGCGUCACGCCGCCGGCCUCCGCCCCGUCCUCACUGGACAACGGGCUGUUCAUGCGGCUGGGGGAGUCCGUGCCCCAGCUGCCGCUCGCGCUGCGCCCGCUUGGCCCCGACUGCAAGAUGGGCGUCAGCGGGUCGGCACAGAACCAGUGACCCUCGCCGCAACCCCCCUGCCCACUGGGUUGAGGGAAGCUAUUCCCACGUAGACCUCUGGAUGUUCUCCAGUCACGUCUGAGAUUACUGGGGGAAAAAAGCACAGAACUCAUAAUUAGCAAAACACCUCUGUCUCGAGACUUCCUUGAUGAGGGAAGAGACGGGGAAAACACACACAAAAAAAAAACAGGGUUACGAAUGUUUUUAGUUUUCAACUUGUAUGCCUAUUGAGCAUGAUAUUUCAAGAGAUUCUAUUCUGUCUGUCCAGUAGGGCUUUCAGACUUUCAGCCAGCCCGCUUCUGUAUGGAUCAGCAACACUCUUCCAUAGAGGAGAAGGAGCUCCUUAUUUGCAUAUGGACCUGCAGUUCCAGUGGCGCGUCUCUGCCCACUGUCACGGUUUACCAGUAGCCAGUACUGCCUCCUGCCACCAGUAGGGGGGGUCUCAGCCAGGCUAGCUCAUAUCCACAAAACCAACUACCUCGUCAUGUGCCCAUCAGUGCUCCGCCUGACCUUUGGACUCCAUCAGGGCUUCAGGGGCCUUACAGGGCCACACACACACACACACACAUAGACUGGACGUCCUUGAUGCUAACUAACACGGACACUAUUGCUCACACACACACACACACACACACACACACACACACACACAGAUCUUCUCAAGUGGUCUUUUCUUCCUUCUUUCUGUAAAAUCAUAUUUCUAUCUAUGCCUUGUUCCCUAGAGGUAAUUCACUAUUAUUUUUCUGAUGGGUGCUGCCCAUGGUGAAAUGGUCUUUUCAUGUAGGUGGAUACCAGAAUGAAGGCAGACUGGAUGUGAACAGUCCUUCUUGAUAUGAAGGUCACCAGUUUGUUGCACAGACGGUUUCUCUCUCACUCUCUCCUCAUAUAUCUCUAUAUCUCUCUCGCUCACAGAUACAUUGCAGUAAAAAAUAUCCUUCCAAAGCACUGCAUACACUACUGAACACAACACACGGGUCUAGAAAGCACUCAGGAGCUUUGAGGUGGGAUGGUCUCUCCAUAGCCACGUGGAGGAAGAGGCUCUUCUGACACAGACAUUUCCACACACACAUUCACCUGGUUGACACUGCCACUUUCUGUUCUCAACUGCUUCAUUCUUACCGGUCACAUUGACCUCUCUGGACCUGAGAUAUUCUUGUUUUUAUGUGUGUGUGUGUACUUUUAUUUUGCACAUUGCAACUGCAUUG